UAUUCUCUCCGAUUGAUUCGAUCGUCUAUCUCUUCCUUCUUAUUCAUCUUCAAUUCCUCUCUCUCGUACGCAUGGAGAACGACACCACCGCCGCCGCCGCUAACAAUAACGCCACCGCGAAAGUAGGUUCGGAAGGAGUGAAAUCGAACAACCAUAACCUAGAAGAGGAGCAUUCGAAUUUGAAUGGCGAGGAGCACAUGGCAGAAGAAGUGGAGACAGAAGAAGAGGAAGAUCGAGAAGCGGAAGAAGGCGAAGGAGAAGCAACUGGAUCUGCGCCCAACGCUCGCCAACCUUCUAGAACCCCUUUCACUAAUCUCAGCCAGGUCGAUGCUGACCUCGCCCUCGCUCGAACCCUUCAGGAGCAGGAAAGGGCAUAUAUGAUGCUGAGGAUGAAUAAUGAAGGAAGUGAUUAUGGAAGUUGGGAAGGCGGAAGCUAUUUGCAUGAUGACGGGGAUGAUUUUGAUGAUCUACAGGAUGGUACUGAUGUGGAUGAGGAUGAUGACGAAGAUGACGAUAAUGAGGAAGAGUACGAGGAUGAAGAUGCAUUUGAUGUCCAUGCUCAUGGUAGUGCCGGAGAACAUGAUAAUCCCAGCAUUGAAUUUGAUCCAGAUGUAUUUUCAAGUGAUGAGGCAUAUGCAAGAGCUUUACAAGAGGCUGAAGAGAGGGAAAUGGCAGCUAGACUGUUGGCUCUUGCUGGGAUAAAUGAUCGUGAGGUGGAGGACAUAGAGGAGCAUGGUGCUAAUUCUCAGGAUGCUUGGGAGGAUGUUGAUCCUGAUGAACUUUCAUAUGAGGAAUUACUUGCAUUGGGUGAAGUAGUUGGAACUGAGAGCAGAGGUCUUUCGAGUGAUACUAUUGCUUGUUUGCCUUCAGUCAACUACAAGACUGGGAGUGAUCAGCAUGGAAGCAAUGAUUCGUGUGUCAUUUGCCGAAUGGACUAUGAGGAUGGUGAGUCCUUGACAGUUCUUUCCUGCAAACAUCUGUACCAUCCUGAGUGCAUUAACAAUUGGUUGAAAAUAAACAAGGUUUGCCCAGUUUGUAGUACCGAGGUAUCUGCUUCUGGGAGCAACUUGUAGGAGGAUUUAGUAGAUGUUCUUCACUUCAAAUUGAAGAAAAUUUGUGCAACUUGGGGGGUAAUAUCCCGUAUUUUAUUAGCAUUGCCAUGUUGGGGAGAUAGUCUGUGCUCUAUUGUUUCCAGCUCCUUCGUUUUAAAUGUAACAUGUAACUUUUGGAACCAGCUCUCUAGAUUGUGUUUUUUUUUUUAAUGGAAUGAAUGGCAUUAAAGUGGCCAGCUCUUUUACAGGGUCCGAACAGUGGAA